AUGUUUGGUCGCCUGUUCGCAGGCUUAUUCCUCAAGAAGGCCACCAAGGCCGACAGCACAGUCCCCAAAGGCCGCGAGAGGUUGCGCUGGAACAAGUUCAAGUGGGCGCUCUUCACCACCAACAUCGUCCUCACCGUCUACGCGAUCGGCGGCCUGGCGGGCGUCCUUCUCACUUGGGCGAACGUCUGGGAGAGUUCGGACGUCAUUCGGACUGCCAACUCGACCGAGCUUGUCCUCGCGAGCAUCGCUGCCACUCUCCUUCUCAUCACCGCCAUCAUCGGCUGGUGCGGUAUCCUGCUUAACAACCGCGCUUUUUUAUCGUUCUACAACCUCUUUCUCUGGAUUAGCUUUGCCUUCCUCCUCGCCCCCGGUUACGUCACAUACAAGAAGCGCACGUUCAAUCUCGAAGGCAAGGUGAACUACAUGUGGUCGCGCGACUUUGACACCGACGACCGGCGUGAGAUCCAGAACAGCCUCAGCUGCUGCGGUUAUUACAACCCAUUCAUUGAGGCCGCGGAGAGCAGCAGGUGCUAUGCGAGGAGCACCCUACCCGGCUGCAAGGGCCGCUUCAUCCGCUUCCAGAAGAAUGCGCUCAAGAGGUUCUACCUCUGCGCGUUUGGCCUGGUCAUACCGCAUCUCCUUUUCAUCGUUACCGCCCUGCUCAGCUCCAAUCACAUCACAUACCGAUUCGGCAAGGGCCUCACACCCAAUGCGUACAGAUUAGACGAGGCCACUGCCAGGAGCAUCAAAAAUGACUUCCUCGCGCAAUUGAGCAGCAUGUACGGACCAGACAUCCUCACCGAUCUCUUGGCCAACCAACGACGACGCAUUUCGCAACUUGCCUCCCUCGAGCACACCAACUCCUCCACCUAUCUCCUCAGCGACAACGCCUUGUCUCCGCACAGCUUCGACCAGGUGCCGCUCGCGCCACCAAACAAGGGCGCGCUCUUUAAGGGCCGCCACGACAGCUUCUCGUCUACCGGUAUAUCAGAGAAAGGCAGCCCGCUGCAGCAGAGCCUGGGACUGCAUGACCUCAUGCACCACGGCGCAUCGGACGCACGGACAUCGGUCGAGCGGGGAGAUACGACACGCUGA